GAACGCCGUCCCGGAGGUGGCGCGCGUGACGCACUUCCGGCCUUUGUAGCCGGUCACUGUGCGGGCUGUGGUUGUCAAGGACCGGGAGGCGGUGGGGCCUGGCGGGGUGGCCUCUCCUCCCGCGGAUGCUCGGUUUUAGGAUUUUCAGAGGAAAAGAUCAAAGGGAGUCAUCAAGGAUAGAUUCUUUUUCUGAAUAGUGAAGCCUAAAAUGGCCACAGCCUCAGUCCUUCAGACUCCAGAGAUGCAGGAAGGACGUCUGGCAGUAAAGGUAGAAGAGGAGGAGGGGGAUUGUGCCUCUGGGCAGGAAUCUGGCCCGUGGAGAGAUCACCCGCAUAGCAGAGAGAUCUUCCGUAGACGCUUCAGGCAGUUCUGCUACCAGGAGACCCCUGGACCCCGCGAAGCUCUUCGAAGGCUCCGCGAGCUGUGCCGCCAGUGGCUGAGCCCAGAAACGCACAGCAAGGAGCAGAUCCUGGAGCUGCUGGUGCUGGAGCAGUUCCUGACCAUCCUGCCCGAGGAGCUCCAGGCCUGGGUGCGGGGACAGCACCCGGAGAGCGGGGAGCAGGCGGUGACCGUGCUGGAGGAUCUGGAGCGGGAGCUGGACGAGCCGGGAGAGCAGGUUCCAGCCUGUGCCCGUGAGCAGGAAGAGUUGGUGAAGGAGGAGGCAGGUCGGGGAGCAGCCCAGGACUCAUCAAGCGGCCAGCCCCCAACCUUGGAAGGGCCGCGUCAGUGCAGGUCGCGGGAGGUGUGCCUGCUUCGGGAGAUCGGGGAUGAGGCUGGGGCUUGGAGUGUGCAGUCAGCCCCGAAGAGGGAGCUCUGUAAAGAAAAGAAAUGUCUUGUGGAAGUUCCUGAGAAACUGAACGGUGACACUCUUCUGGGGCCUGAGUGUGCAGACACAUGUGACCAGGAGGGCAGGUGGGAGAGGCAGCGGGCCAGCUCCUCGGCGGAGAGACCCUACGUCUGCGGUGAGUGUGGGAAGAGCUUCACCCAGAACUCCAUCCUGAUCGAGCACCAGAGGACACACACCGGGGAGAAGCCCUACGGGUGUGAUGAAUGCGGACGGGCCUUCAGCCAGCGCUCGGGUCUGUUCCAGCACCAGAGACUCCACACCGGGGAGAAGCGCUACCAGUGUGGCAUCUGUGGCAAAGCGUUCAGCCAGAACGCGGGGCUCUUCCAUCACCUCCGGAUCCACACGGGGGAGAAGCCCUUCCAGUGCACCCAGUGCAGGAAGAGCUUCAGCCGACGUUCUGUCCUCAUUAAGCAUCAGCGAAUUCACACUGGAGAAAGGCCUUAUGAAUGUGAAGACUGUGGCAAGAACUUUAUUUAUCACUGCAACCUCGUCCAGCAUCGGAAGGUCCACCCUGGGGUGGGUGCCGCUAGCCCCCUGGAGCAGGUAGGGCAGAGGCUCCCGGUGUCGGACCCUAGUGGAGGUGGUGGGGCAGGCUCUCACUUUGUCCCUGAAGCAGAGUCCUAGGAAAAGAAUCGUUCGGUCCUCUGGAGUGCAGACUGUGGAAGGUGUCCGUGUUUUUAUGCUGAGAGAAGCAUAAUAUGUUAAGUCCAUCUGUCAGCUUCUCUGGGGUCUGUGACAUCCGUGUUUGCAGUAGUGAACAAUGUUGUGGUGACUUCAUCAACUGGUCCCACACCUGUCUGUGCAGAAAGUUCUCCAGGUGUGCUCUAGGAAAACUCAUGCUACCUGAAUACACAAUUAUGUUAAAAGUCGUUCGAGUAUUUAAAAAUUAAUUUAAAAAUAAUGGCAGUAAAACUUGCAACUUAAACGAUUUGUUUUCUCAUAAGAUAUGAUAAUUUGCUUUUUAACCUACAAAAGGGGACAGAUAACUCUCCCAUAGAUACACAGAAGGCUUCUCCUGUUAAGAACUCUGUAGAGUUCCACUGACUCCGCCUUCAGUGAGGAACCAAGGACCCAAGUGAGGACACAUCAAUGUGUUACUGUUGCUCGAGAUUUCAGAUUUGUGUAGACCAAGAAACUUCUCUAAAAAUCUCGUAUCUCACUUCUGAUCUUCAUUACGAAAAUAUAGGCCUCUUUGCAUUUUUCCUGUGAUUUAAAGCAUUUUGGAUUUUGCUUUCUUUAUUUAACCCUUAGUUAUACAAAAUUUCAAACAUCUACAGAAGUUGAAAAGUAUGAUCAGUCUUCCACGUUGAUUGUUUUUAUAAGCUCCAUGCUUCUCAGCAUUACCUAUUAAUUACCACCAAGGUCAUGCUUAAAAAAACUUCUUUCCCUUAACACUGAUUGAACGUUACCAAACUUUAUACUAAGCCUAGGACACAAAGGAAAUGGGAAUCUAUGUGAUGACAAUCCAGAUUGGAGUACCAAAUACACUGCAGGUCACUUAACCAUGAUAGAAACAUCAUAAGGGACCCUACAGAUAACUUCUGUGCCCCUUAUAUGAUACAGAAACGGAGGCUGGAAGUGACUGCGGACCUUUCAGCUGGUUCACCAAGCUGGAGUUGGAACCCUGUCUCCUGAUUCCUAGUGUUCUUUCUAAGCAUCUGGAAGCAUUUUAUCACCACGUAGAAAUGACUAGUAUAAGGAACUUCCAGAAUUUAGAAGGCACUGAGGCACAGCUCAAUAAAGCCUCCCAUCUGUGCAUGUUGCUCUGUUCAGUUUACAGCCAAGUUGCAGGAAGGACUCCUUCCACUGAUCCCUCAUUUGGGGCAUUUUAUUUAUUUAUUUUUAACGUUUAUUUAUUUUUGAGACAGACACAAAACGCAAGCAGGGGAGGGGCAGAGAGCGAGGGAGACACAGAAUCCAAAGCAGGCUCCAGGCUCUGAGCUGUCAGCACAGAGCCCGACGUGGGACAUGAACCCACAAACCGCAAGAUCAUGACCUGAGCUGAAGUCAGACACUUACCAACUGAGUCACUCAUGUGCCCCCUUAUUUAUUUUUGCAGUGAAUGAUUUUUUUUUUUUUUAACUUUUAAUUUACUUAGAGGGACUUUUCAAGAAGAUAAUUCAUUCUUCAUCUGAUUCAAGUAUGAAAGCAACAUUAAAAAGGGAGCCUAUCUUUUCCCUCAUAGGUAGCCAUUUUUCUAGUAUCUUACAUAUCUCAGUGUUUCUUCAUGGAAAUACAAGAAAAUGUGAACAUAUAUAAAACUUAUUUCCUUGUUCCACGGAAAGAGGUGUAUAUUUACACUCUCAGCCCCUUGCUGUGUUCAUGAAACAAUACAAUCUUUAGAGAAACAGCCAGCCUCCUCUCUGUUUACAGGUGGACAGUAUCUCAUUUGCUGAUGCUCCAUACUUUAACACACUGGUGUAAAUGCACAACCACUACUUUGAAAUGUUACAAAUUAUUUCAUUCUCCUCCCAAAUGUACUUCAAGUCAAACUUUAAAGCUAACUUCCACGUGAGCUGGAAACAGCCACGUGAGCUGGAAAACAGGGUUUUGGCAAUAGAGGUGGACAUAAUUCUUCUACAGAGAAAUGCAGAGUGAUGGGGAUGGUUUCAGUCUCGUGUAUUUAGCUCUGUUAGGUAUUCUCAGCAUUUCAAACCAUUAGUGUCGCCGCUUAUGGGUAACUGUAGGUCUUCUCAAAAUCCUAAAUUUUCUCAAGAUUGUAUUUUACUGUAUCUUGAGGUUUAACUAUUUCCAAAGGAAAUACAUAUAGAUUUUAAAGUGAAGAAGAUAUAGUAGACUUAAGUUUGAAAUAAAUCAACUUCUCAAGUAACACCUAUUCCAUUCAGUAAUAUGAGACAUACACUCUAAUAAUCUGAGUUUGUAAGCAUCACAGGUACCUCUGCAUAUGCCAAAACAGCAUGUUUGGAUAAUUCCAUUAUAUCAGCUCUUAAAAGAUUUAAAAUAUGAACAGAUCAGGAUUUUAAAGGAUAUAGUUCUAAUGGAUUGUUUUUACAGCUGCAAUUGAAGAUUGAAUGUUUGGUUUGUUUUGUGCUUGUUUUGUUUUCACAGCUUUUCAAAAAUUCUAAAUUUUCUCAAUAACUGAUAAAAUGCCAAGAAAGAAAAGAUGUUAUCUGUGCUGUAGGGGCAUAUACCACUCGAGUGCAGUGAUGGUUAACAUGAUUAAAACUACUGACAGUUCACCAAA